UCUGAAUGGGGCUAUUAAGGGAAUUGUCAUGGAAGGGAGGAUGGAUGGGAAAUGUGUCAUCUGCUUUUGGGUGGCAGCAGAGCUCAACUAGGUGAGCGGUCUGGAUUAAGUGCAACCAAGCUUCAGCCACCCACACAGCACAAGGCAGCCUCAGGGUAAUUCAAACAGGAUGAAGUGAGAUUGUUAUCAUGUCACAGAAGAUCACAUGGGGAUUUGCAGAGCUGAGAGAGCAGGAGAGGAAGCCAGUCAGUCAGACAGAUGAUGAAGGAAGGCUAGGUUGAAGACGAAGGGCAGCUAGAAGCCAAGAUGGCAGCUCAGCCUGAAAAAGAGGGUUCAACUUUACUUAAGGCCUACCUAUGGCAGACAGUAUUGCCAAUUGGGGAGAAAGUGCCAGAAUUGGGACCUAUUCACUAUGGAUCAGAAAGCAGCAGAUGCAAGCACAAGAUACAAAAAUGGAAGCGAGUACAAAGCCAGCCUGAGAGUGAAGUCCCUGAGCCUGGACACAACGAUCUCCCAUCAUUGGUUUCCCAAGACAGCAGAGCGGCCACCAAGAGAUCUAUCUUCCAGAGGGCUUUCUCUCUGCCAGGCAGGAUGAACAAGGCCCAAGAGAGAAGCAGUAAGCUCAGUGUGAGGAAGUACUUGCGCUCCAUGUCUCAUUGGAAGAACCAAGAAGGCCCCUCCCAAACAGUGAGGGAGACCAAGGAAACAAGCAAAGGUGAUGAUUCUGUUGUCCAGUUGAUUCCAAGCAUCGGUGUUCCUCCUUGGGAUGUGGCUAAUGUAUCUCUGCAGGACGGACGGCUGAUGUUAUGGGGCAGAGAUGAGGAGAAUCUGCUUGAAAAGCAGAAACGAACCAGCAGUUCUGUUUCAGAGAAUAACUCAAUAUUCCGACCAGAUAAGGAGAAUACAGAGUUUUUCAUAGGAGGACAUGCUCCUGAGAAAAAGGCUUUCCAGGAUGCUUCUUCGGGCACACAGCUUGGCAAUGUGAAGGGGAUGCUUUGGAGACGGUUCAGAGAUCGGAAGGGACGGGUCCAUCCUAACACUGAUUCCUCAGGUGAAUCUGUUGUGAAUGACAAUAGGGAGGCCUUGCCUGGCCCAGCUCUCACCCUGGACCUGAGCAAUGAAAAAGAUGUCUUGAUCCGACCACUUCAUAGCAGCCUUGUGGGAGAGCAGCACUGCUUUGAGGUCCUGAGGGCUGGGAAACGCUACUGCUUUAACUGUUCAUCUGCUGCUGAGAGAACCCAUUGGAUGGAGAACUUACGUCAAGCUGUCCAGCCCAGUAUGGACAACUGCCAACGGAUGGAACAUAGGUUAAGUCUUUGGGUAUAUGAAGCCCGAGACUUGUCUCCCAGGAAGCACUACUACUGUGAAAUCCAAUUGGAUGGGGUCCUGUAUGCCCGCACAACAGCCAAGCAAGCCAGUCCCAUAGGAACUCUCUUCUGGGGCGAGCACUUUGACCUCAAGACUCUUCCACCAGCUGUGGAACUACAGGUCUGCCUGGUACAGGAAGAAGAAGGGCUGUGGCCAAAGGAGAGCCCCAUUGUCAGUAUGUCUGUUCCCCUAAAGGAGUUGGCUGCUAUGCACCAGCCCUUGGAGAGAUGGUACCCACUGGGCAAAGAGAAGCCAAACAUGCCCACCCUUCGACUCCGAGGACGAUACUGCAAUUUCAAAGUGUUGCCCAUUGUACAGUACAAAGAAUUUGCUGAAUAUCUCACUUUCCAUUAUCGGGAGUUAUGUGCUUCAUUGGAGUCCAGCCUCAGUGCCAGAGACAAGGAAGAGCUGAUGAGUGUCCUAGUGCGAGUCUUGCAAAGCACAGGCAAAGCCAAGGAUUUUCUCAUUGACUUAGGCGUAGCUGAGCUGGACCGUUUUGAUGACCGGGAAGCUUUGAUUUUUCGUGAAAACACACUAGCCACCAAGGCCAUUGAUGAAUACAUGAAGCUGGUGGGAAGCCCAUACCUGCUGGCCACAUUAAGUGAUAUUAUAACCCAGCCAAACUUUUUGGAGGAUUGCUGUGAAGUGGACCCAAGCAAAUGCCCUCCCCGUGACCUGGCUGACAAUCGCAACCAUCUGCAGCAACUCUGCGAAGAAGUCUUCCUAAGGAUUGCUAUGUCCAGCAACUCCUUUCCAGCUGAGCUUAGCGAGAUCUUCACAGCCUGGCAGGAGGAGUGCCAGUUGCGGGGCAAGGUGGACAUUGGCCAGCGGCUUGUCUCUGCUUCUCUAUUCUUACGCUUCCUUUGUCCAGCCAUUAUGUCCCCCAGCCUUUUUGGCCUUACCCAGAAAUACCCCGAUGACACCACCUCCCGCACCCUCACCCUGGUGGCCAAGGUUAUUCAGAACCUGGCAAAUUUCACCACGUUUGGGGAAAAGGAGGCCUAUAUGAGUUUCAUGAAUGAGUUUCUUGAGCACAACUGGCAUACCAUGAAAUCAUUUCUCAGCAGCGUUUCAAGCCCUGGUAGUACCAUAGCAUUGAGUGCCUAUAAUGACUCAAUUGACCUGGCCCUGGAAUUGUCCAUCCUUCACUCCUUGCUCUGCAGCAUCUUCUCCACUCUGGAACAGCAAACCCAGGAGAAACUGCAGCCCCUGCCAGCAAUCCUCCAGGCUAUCCAAGAGGGAACCCCUGUGCCUGUCUCCAUUCUUCUUGGGCCUCACAUGGAGGAAAGACACACUGAGAAACAGAAACUAGGGUUUGUGCCCCCACGGGAUCUGGACAAGUAUAGUCCUCUGAUCAAGAGCCAGUCCAUGACCAGCAUCCAAAAGAACAGAGGCAAGGAAGAUGCCCUGACUCCUUUACAUCAAACCAAAACCAGGAGCAAAGUGCAGCGUACUCAGAGUGUCCCAACCCAGACCAAGGCAUCUCGGCGUAUCCACAAGCAAAGUAGCAUAGAGCGAGUGGUUGACAGUCAGGACAGCAACCCUCAGCCUUAUGACUCCUCUCUAUGCAAUGGUGGCAGCCACAAGGCAUCCCAGGAAUGCUCAAAGCUCCACCCAUCUGUAUCGCUGCCCCAGAAACCAUCGGUCCCUUGGUUACGACAUUCAGAGGAUGCAUCAGCAAUGCAAAAUUGCCUAUACUCCAUGCAACCCCUGGAACAGUAUGCAAGACAGAUGGAAGUGCUGCAAAUGAAGCUGAGUUCAGCCAGAGACAAGCAGCAGCUCCUGGAGGAGCAGGUGAAGUCACUGUCUGGCCAGAAUCAAGCACUGCUGCAGGAGCAAGCCAGAUUUCAAGAACAAGAAGCAAUUCUUAGCAAGAGACUAGAGGAAACGGAACUUUGCCUGGUACAGCUCAGCAGCAGGGUGUCCUGCAUAGAGGCCAGCUGGAAAAAGGAUCAUGAAAAGCUGCAAGUGAGUGAGGAGAAGGCCAAACAGCUGGAUCUGCAGUUCUCCAGAAUGGAAAAGGACCAUGACCAGCUUUUCCAUGCUGUUAGCCAGAUGCUGGGGUAUCAAGAUAACCAACCACAUUAUGGCAACAACUCUCAAGGCUUGUGUGGAUAAGAAGAUUGAGAAUGGGAAAGCCAUAUUUCCCACACAGCUCUAGUAUGGAAUCCAGAGAAGUCAAGAGGAUGGAAAAAUGUGCCUUCCACUAACAAGGACAGCAUCAUAUUAAGAGUUCUCAAAGGUAUUCAGCCAUUGCUUCAGUUUCCAAUCCAUCCCUUCCUGAAUUCACACACAUUCCAUCCUCCGGCUUAAAGAUACCCCAUUUACCAUUUUCUGGGUACAUAUCCUCACUGCAGAGCUGCCUUGGCUUGAAAAUGUUUUCCCUGAGAAAAUGGAAGAAUAUCUCAGUUCCAGAUCAUUCCAACCUAUGGGCAAAGAGUCUCCUGAGCUUGAAAAUACGUGGCUCUUCCAGUUGGCUAUAUCUCCAUAGUUGUUGGUACUAUGGCUGCCAAAAAGGCCAGACACUUUAUUCUGCACUUCUUUUCUGUGCUUGUGGCUUGGUCAGGGAAAUAGUUUUCUCUUACCCCUAAUAGACAAAUGAGGGCCUUCAGUGAGUUGAUAAUUCUGUUGCUAAGCAGGAGGUUUUCUUUAAUGUAACUUUGCUCUUUCCUUUCUUUCCCCCCUUCCUUCUCCCCCAGCAUGCUCUUUUGUGACAAUGAAUACUCCAAUCCCAAAGUGUGAGUGAUUUACAGUUGAGAGUGAGGUGGAGCAGUAGGACUUUCCCUUCUGUACUGUCAGAUGGUUUCAGGCGCUGAGGGGAACUCAACAGAUUAACAGAGUUUGAAGGGACCUUGUAAGUCAUCUAGUCCAACCCCCUGCCCAAGCAGGAGAGUCUACACCAUUUCUGACAAAUGGCAGUCCAGUCUCUUCUUGAAAGUCUCAAGUGAUGAAGCUCCCACAACUUCCGAAGGCAACUUCUGUUCUAUUGGUUGAUUGCUCUUACUGUCAGAAAACUUUUCCUUAUUUCCAGGUUGAAUCUCUCCUUGGUCAGUUUCCAUCCAUUAAUCCUUGUCUGGCCUUCAGGUGCUUUGGAAAACAGGUUGACCCCCUCCUCUCUGUGGCAGCCCCUCAAAUAUUGGAACACUGCUAUCAUGUCUCCCCUGGUCCUUCUCUUCAUUAGACUAUCCAUGCCGAGUACUUGCAACCAUUCAUCGUAUAUUUUAGCCUCCAGUCCUCUAAUCAGCUUGGUUGCUCUUCUCUGAACUCUUUCUAGUGCAUGGGGGUGGGGCGCGUGCACAGGGGCACAUGUGCGGGGGUCAUGUAAUGAACGCAUGCACAGGGGGCACACAUUGCAUUAUGGGUGACGGCACGUGCGUGCGCUGUUGCGCGUGCACGUGCACACUUUUGGCACAUGACAACAAAAAGGUUAGCCAUCACUGAUAUAGACUUAUGUUCUUUUCCAUGCUACUUCCCUCUCAACUGCUUGGAACUAAAGAAAGAGAUGCAAUCCCGCUACACCACUUCUUUUGCUAUGCAGGGUGCUGCAAGAGAAGGCAAGUGUGUGCUGUAAAGGAUGCACUUUCCAUUGUUGUGCUCUGUAUCAAGCAGGGGUGAUAAAAGAGACACACUACGAGGGUAAGAACAGAAAACCUGUAGUAGCCUGUGCAAUUUUUCCUGACUUCAGCAAUAAUUGGAUGAAGAGAUACCUUCCCUGGGUCUUGUCAAGUUCACCAUCUUUUACCAAGCCCCACUCCUCACAUGCUUUUCUCUUGCAUGGAUAGUUGGACAAAAUAUAUUACCAGCUUGCAGUCUAGAGCUCUGUUCUGCUGUUAAUGGGUUCCCCCUCUCCAAAUAUUCCAAAAAACUGUCUGAAAAGCAACACUACCAGCCUCCAUCCCGAGGUUUGGUGAAAGGCAGACUCUGGUGCAGUGGCUCUUCUAUCAACAUACAUUCCUCCAGUGGGGAGGAAGCACAUCAAGUGUGGCUGUGCAGAGGAGCCCUGAGGUUGCAUCCCUGUUUCUGUUGCCUAAGGGCAUAUAUAGCCCGCAGUACAAAGGUCAGUCUUGCAAAUUUUGGGCAAUAAUUGCUUCUAUGCCCAGAAAAAUCUCAAGCAAACAUGAGAGUGUCCUGUGGGCUAUUUGUUUCUUGCUUUACCUAUAAAAGCUGCCAAGAGCUGCUUUCUUCCACCAGAACAUUUUGAUAAUUUCUUUACUCUGCCUUUGAAGCCCAUCUGAGCCAGGUGAUGUGAGGGGUGGGGCUUAAUGAAAUGUCAUUAACCCAGUACCUGCCGUUAUAGUCUGCCACCAUCCUGCUGCACCAUGCCCUGAAGAAAAAGGGUCUUCAUCCCUGUCCCAAGGAGGCUGCUGACUUGGCUGAUGCACAUGGCCAGCUGGCCCCAGAGCAAGUAUAACCAUUUCUGAGAGCAAAAAUGCAGUGUUGUCUUCCAUCUGCUCACUUCCCUCUAGGAAGGCCACCUCCACCUGUUCUUUUUCUGCUAUGUGGUCACAAAGUAGCCUUUUCUCACUUGUGCUAGUUCAAGAGAUGCUACCUGCUGUGCUCCAUUUCAUUCUUGUCAAAGCCUCCUGCCCAUUUAACUCCCAGGCACAGAGCAAGAACACCUCGUCCCCUGGUCACUGUCCUCCAUGACAGUGCUGUCAUAACUGUGUCAUUGGUAUGGAGAAAAAUUUGGUUCUUUUUUUUUUUUUUACAUUGAUGAAAAAAUAAAAUGCCUGCUUUUUUGU